AUGUCGAAUGCCGAGGGUGACACGUUGCCCAUGGAUGAAUCAGCUGGGGGUUUGGACAGCGUGUCACACGUCGACCAUUGGCAGGUUGAGCACACCGCGUCAAGCAUCGAACCUCAGCAGGCUGAGGGCAGUAAUGAUCAUGCAGAUAUGGCUGUGCAGGCUCAACAGAGACGCAGAAUUGCGCAACUGGAGGAGAAACUCGUGGCUCUUGAAUCUGGUCGCACCAUCAAAGAAAGGCAAUCAAACUAUUUUGUGGCUCAAGGACGAGCAAUCAGGCAUGUUGUGGCCCUAUUUGAUAGCCUUGAGGAUCUAAUUACUGAAAAUGACCAAAGGCAUGACGUUGAAGAGGAUGCUGAAACCACCUGCAAAGCUAUGGAGCAGGAGUACGAAGAAUACGCUGAAAUGCUAAAGAUGGUUGAUUUUCACAAUGUCAGUUAUUGCCUUGGGGACGAUACAUCCAAACUGAAAGUCCUCAUUUCCGAGUGGGUCAACCAUGAAUUCAAGCCCGAUCCCCCAGUCGAUCCGGAUGACAAGCAUGCCCGUGGGUUUACCAACGAUGCAUGCGGUAGCUUACUUUGCCCUUCGGAACUUGAUUGGAACAAUCCAGAUGUAAAGGCAGGCAUUUGGGAUCGUGCAGAUGGCUACAUCGUGACCGAUCUCUCCUUUCCGGCAUUCUUAUAUAAAAAGUACACUGCGAAACCUGAUGAUCUGGAAGAGGGACUCUUUAAGGGUAAAUUGCUUCUGCAGGCCUAUAAAGCAGUAUUUACAUCACCUUCCUCAGCUAAAGAUGUCGAAGGCGACGGCAAUGGGGCGGAUGUCAUUCAAAACAAUAGAUGA